GUAGUGGCCUUUAAAAGAGCCCUUGCCCGCUCAGAGCCUUCUGGGAGCUCGGUCCCUCGUCAGUCUUCUUUUCCCAGCGUUCCUAGCGAGAGGUCCCUCUGCUUGCGGCGCGGAGGCCUCCUGGGAGCUGUAGUCCGUCUCUCAUCGCCGUCCUCUACGCGCCUGCUUCUCGCGUACUCUGCCCUUGGCUCAGUCACCAUGCUGCCCGCCAGCCGCCGCCUCGCUCUCUCCCUCCGCCGGGCCCUGGCACUGGGCUGUCCGCGGACCUCGGCCCGGCAUUAUGCCGAAGCGGCCCCCGCUGCGGGUGGCGCGGCCCAGAUGGCCUUCACCUUUGCUUCCCCGACGGAGGUUUUCUACAAUGCGGCCAACGUGAAGCAAGUGGACGUCCCCACCCUGAACGGAGCCUUUGGCAUCUUGGCUGCCCACGUCCCCACUUUGCAGGUCUUGAGGCCUGGGGUCGUGACAGUCUUCACCGAGGAUGGCUCAGCUGCUAAAUUCUUUGUGAGCAGUGGUUCCGUCACAGUGAAUGCCGACUCCUCCGUCCAACUGCUAGCUGAAGAAGUAGCACAGUUGGAUCACCUCGACCUUACGGUGGCCAAGUCGAACCUGGAAAAGGCCCUGUCGGAGCUCGCCUCGGCCUCUGACGAAACCGCCAAGGCCGAAGCCCAGAUCAGUGUGGAGGCCAACGAAGCCCUGGUGAAAGCCCUGGAGUGAGGAGGGAAAUCCUGCCACUGAAGCCUGGAAUCAGCAGUCUCAGCUCUGGAUGUCUCCUCUUCUUCCCCCUCCUUUUGUGGUCUGUUCAGAUGAUGUGCGGGGUCAAAGCCCACCGUUAGUUUGUAUCGAUUAAAAAGAGGCCAAA